AAUUUUCAGUGAAGUCCCCUAACAUGGCCUAUAUCAGAGUGCCUGAUCAUCCCAAAGCCAUCCCCAUGGAAAUAGGCCUGACACUCAUGGCCAAUAAAAGCCCCAGAAGUCCUCAGAUUAUAAAGCUUCUGGACUGGGAGGACAAUGAAGACCAUUACAUCAUGGUCAUGGAGCGACCCAUGCCCUGCAUGGACUUAAAAAGUUUUGUGAAGCUCCAUGGAGAGUGUCUUGAUGAGGGGACGACACAAAAGGUCAUGCGGCAGGUCAUCGAAGCCGCCAAUGCUUGCAUCACGUGUGGUGUCUUUCAUCGGGACAUCAAGAUGGAGAACCUACUGGUGAACCAGGACACCAUGGAGGUGAAAUUGAUUGACUUCGGGUGUGGUGCGCAAAUGAAGAAAUUUGGCUAUGAAGUCUUCAGUGGCACAAAAGUGUACUGUCCACCAGAGGUCACCGUGAACGGAAGAUACCACGCAAAGCCGACAACAGUGUGGUCGCUAGGGAUCCUCCUGUUCAUGAUGGCGUGCGGAUAUUAUCCCACAGACUACGACCUGGAACUGAUCAGUAAGAGGAGAUGGACCAGACCUGGCCUGUCACAAGAAUGCUGCCAGAUGAUUUCUUCAUGUCUUCAGUCUGAUCCACAGCAGAGGAUCGAUCUGGAGAAGAUGCAUCUCCAUGACUGGUUUAAGGUCAUGCAGUAAGACAUGAAGAACCUUAGAAAACAACUCCUGUCACAGCCACCCUGUUGUUUUC